GAGGCUGGCUUAGGACAGCUUACACACAAAGCAGCAGAUACAUAGAAAAAUAAAUCACAGAGUGAAAAGGGAAGGAAUAAGGACAUAUAGGAGGAAUACAGAACGUGGGCACCCAGGACAAGGCAUGCCAUGUCCGACUUGUGGUCCACAAUGUGUGGAGGCAAAAAGAAAAAGUACCAGGCUGAACCAGAAGUGGUGGUGCAGAAGGUCCAAACUGUCACCAAGGACCCUGGUCUGAGGGCAUUCAGGAAGCUGGCUCUCUCGGAUGACGAUGAUGUGAAGACCAUGCUUAACGGCUCCAUGCUCUGGAAGAUAAAGGCAGGGUGGCGCCAGCAGAGACUUUACCGCCUGGAAUCUGACGGAAUGACGAUCUGGUACCAAAGCCGCAGAAAACGGGCACGUUCCAAACAGAUCUUUUCCAUCCUUCACAUCGAGUCUAUCUGUGAAGGACGUCAGUCCGAGGGACUCCGUAGGAAUGGCCAACGCUUCCCAGAGAGUUCCUGUUUCAGUAUCGCUUUUAUGGGAAGAAGAAAGAACCUUGACCUGGCUGCAGCGACCGAAAAUGAGGCACGAAGUUGGGUACAGGGACUGAGGAAACUCAUACAGAGAGCCGAGGCAAUGAGCCAGCGAGAGAAAUUAGUACAUUGGAUCCGGGAUUAUCUCCAUCAAGCUGAUAGAGAUGGUGACGAAAAGAUGACGUUUCAAGAGGUGAAGGACAUGCUGCAGAUGAUAAAUAUUGAAAUGAACGAUAUGUAUGCAUACACUUUGUUUAAGAAAUGUGACCGCUCUAACACAGACACCCUGGAGGACUGUGAGAUUGAAGAAUUCUGUACUCAGCUGAUGCACAGGUCAGAACUUGAGGAGAUAUUUUUCCAUUACUCUGGAGAAGACCGGGUAAUGUCCACCGAAGAACUACAGGAAUUCCUGCAUCACCAAGGGGAAGAGGUCACUCUGGAAAGGGCUAAAGGAAUCAUCCAUAAAUAUGAACUCAACGAGAAAGCCAAACAGCAUGACCUGAUGAUGUUAGAGGGUUUUAUGAUGUACCUGCUGUCUGAGGAAGGCGACGUCUUCAAUCAAGAACACAAGAAUGUCUACCAAGACAUGACACAGCCCCUCAGCCACUACUUCAUCUCCAGCUCCCAUAACACCUAUCUGACCAAUCACCAGCUAGUGGGGAACAGCAGCACUGAAGCCUAUGUUAUGGCGUUUAAAGAGGGCUGCCGCUGUGUGGAACUUGACUGCUGGGAGGGACCCUCUGGGGAGCCCGUCAUUUACCACGGGCACACUCUGACCUCCAAAAUAUUAUUCAAAGAUGUCAUUUCUACCAUUCGAGACAAUGCUUUUAAGAAUUCGCUGUUCCCUGUCAUCCUGUCCUUGGAGAAUCACUGCGGGUUGGAGCAGCAAGCGACAAUGGCUUACCACCUGCGUAACAUUCUGGGGGAUAUGCUGAUAUCAGCACCAAUCAACAAUCUAGAAUCAGAUCACUUACCAUCACCAGAGGCUCUGAAGCGAAAGAUUCUGUUAAAAGGGAAGAAGCUGAAAGAACGUUCAUCACCAGAGGAAGAGGAUGGAAGAACCAGGGUGGAUACGGCACCUGAACUUUCGGACCUUGUGGUGUAUUGUCAAACGGUGGAAUAUCGCGAUCAACCGGGCAGUGCUUGUGAAAUGAGCUCCUUCAGCGAGGAUAAAAUUCGUAGACUCAUAAAAGAAUAUGGAAAUACCAUAGUACGGUAUAACACUCGACAGCUCAGCCGUAUUUAUCCAGAUGGACUGAGAGCCAACUCUUCAAAUUAUAGUCCUCAGGAGAUGUGGAAUGCCGGCUGCCAGCUGGUUGCUCUGAAUUUCCAGACCCCUGGAUAUAAAAUGGAUUUAAACCGGGGUCGUUUCCAGGAUAAUGGUCGUUGUGGAUAUAUCCUGAAACCGGAAUUUCUACGGAGGGCAGAUACUUCCUUCAAUCCCGAGAUAGUCAGCAACAGCAUGAAGAUUCUCCAUGUCAGGGUUAUUUCUGCUCAACAACUCCCAAAACUCAACAAAGAGAAGCCAAGUUCAAUUGUUGACCCUUUCGUUCGAGUGGAGAUUCACAGUGUGGGAAGGAAGCGAGAACAAGAGACAAACUACAUCCUUAACAAUGGAUUUAACCCCCUUUGGAAUGAAGAACUAAGGUUGGAGGUUCUAGUACCUGAACUUGCCCUUGUGAGGUUUGUGGUAGAAGACUACGACAAAACUUCGAGUAAUGACUUUGUAGGACAAUUUACGCUGCCUUUCCCCAGCCUGAGGCAAGGUUAUCGCCAUGUACACCUUUUCUCCAAGGAUGGCACCUCACUCUCCCCUGCCACAUUGUUUGUACAUUUGCAAAUCAAGGAUCCGUGAAAAUCUUUUGGAACGUGGAAAGUUCUGAUCUCUUCUUCUCAGACGACUGCAGGAAGCGGAACAAGUGUGGCCGGGUAGAUGCUCAAUAUUUUGUAUGCCCUUAGAUUUUCAGGCACUGCUGGAGGAACGAAUUAAUUCUCAACAAACCUGGUCUACAAGGUCUCUCUCCACAAUGCAUGCCUGUCAAACACCUAGUGACUCAGUAUAUAUCGGUUUAACAAAAAAAAAAAUAAAAAAAAAAAAUAAUCUGAUCAGUGGUGCCGUAUAGGAAAUACCUUUAGAAUACCUGAUCAGUGUUACCAAAAUAUGCCUUACCUAUUUGGUGUUAAAAAAAAUCCCAAAGCCGUAACUAGCUGGGCAUAAUCCAGUGGUGUUUUGCAAGAGAAAAAAAUGUUGCUUUCUGUGCCAAAUGAAAAUGAUUUAUAAUAAACACAUCACAUAGCACCGGUUAGGAGGCAAAUAAUAUAUUUUUAGAGGUAUGCUUUCUGUUAAAUGUAUAUAGAUCUAUACAAGAAGAUAAAGUAUCAACCUUAUGCCAUAAAAUAAAUUACUUGAUAAUUAGCAUGACAGUAAAGCCAAAUAUUUUUAUGGAUGAGUCAGGCGAUGGUAAUUAUUUUGUAUGUAUGUAUAUAAAAAAUGUAUAUACAAUGCUGUGCAAAUGUCUUGACUAUGGAGGACAUAUAUGUUUAAAGCUAUUUAUUUGGACGUUAAGUUGUUUAUUUUCUCAGACAAUAUACCAUACAAUACUACAAUACAAAUAAACAUUAAAUAUUUUAAAAUACAAAAUACUAUUGUUAGCUUGUGAGAUGCUAGAUGUAUAAUUCUUUCCCAGACCACAAAUUGACAUACGAGUGCGGCUAGUGAAAUGUAAGAAAACAUGAAAUGGUCUGGAGUAUCGUAAAUGAUAAGCCUAGGAACCAUAACAACUGCAGUUCUAUGUAGUUGUUAUGGUGCUAGGAGCCUCCAUUUUUUGAAUGGUUUGAGACUCACCUGGAUCCCCCCCAGGAGCCACCAUUCCAGCUUCCUGUUCUCAUGUAAAAAAAAAAAAAAAAAAAAGUAUAGUGGAAAACAAAAAUCAGAGAAUUGUACAUCGAUCUGUGAAUUUUCUAUUUUAUGCCAAAAUAGUCAAGUUGUAAAACUAGUGGUAUUGAAGAUUUUUUCUAAAUACUGUAUUAUCUUGAGUGUUAGGCUAUUCAAAAAUAUAUAAAUAAAUAUGGUUUCAUUUAUAUAUAAUAUGUAUCUAGACAACUCUAUAGAGUUGUGUAUUUGUUCUCCCAUAGAAGAAUCUUUCUUAAACCAGGUGUACGGGACUAUUAAAGGUCCAGGUUUGUAUUUUUUCCAAUAUGCCCGCUAAUAGGGUUAUUUACUAAUUCAUUAACCUUGCAAUGCUUUUCAUCAACCACUACCCCAUAGAUCCAGUCACCUUCCUCCAGCACCAUAAUCCACUCAUCUGCCGCAGGUAUACUACCACAUCCCCAUAAACCCCCCAUCUCUGGCACCAUAACCACUUCAAACCCCAUAAUCCCCUUGUUAGCCCCGUGCCUCUUACCGUAUAAUGCCGUCAUCCCUAUCUACAUUCACAGUAUUUUAACCUCCUAAUCCCAUUAUCCUGGUCCCUCCGUUCUCAAUCCACACAGUCCCACUAAUCCUAAUGUUCCAUAGCAAAAAUUAUAGAUGACAUUCCGUCAGCCUGAAGCAGUGUUUGGAAGCUUGCAUCACUCAAAGAAUGGCAAUCAGCGUACAGCUACGUAAUUAAUGGGGGUUAUCAAUGUUUACAAGACAACAGCACAGAGAAAGAUUUCUAAAUAUAUAAGAAUUAUAUUUUAUUAACUUUGAAUGCGUCCUCCUCUGUUUGGCUAUAAAACCAAAGUAUUGUUUUAUUUAAGUUCUCUUUGCUCUGUUAUAACUACAGGACGAAAUCCUCUCUCUUUGUAAUAAAUGUACAUUUUCAAGUU